UGAUGAAGACGGGGGAGAGCGGGUUAACAGUUUUCCGGCUGCUGACCAAGAAGGGUGUCUGGGUGUGGGUGCAGGCCAACGCCUGGCUGGUGUACAAAGCAGGCAAGCCCGACUGCAUUAUUGCCCGGCAGCGAGCCCUGUCGAAUGAAGAAGGGGAGGAACAUCUGCGGAAAAGAAACCUGCAGCUGCCUUUUAGCUUUGCCACAGGAGAAGCAGUCCUGUACGGGAAUGACCUUCCCGAGUUCUGGGACUCCUUCCAGGCUAAGGAGGCGCUGCAGACACAGGCAAAUUCCCACUUGAAGCAGCACUCGGUAGACCCCAACUCGCUUCUUGGGGCCAUGAUGAAGCAGGAUGCAUCCAUAUACAUCUCCCACACUGAUAAUGUGCCUCAGUUCUCCUUGCCAGAUCUCGUUGCUGCGCCCAAUAGACUGAGCCAGAAUGAGGAAGUCAGUGAUGCCAAAGAGGACAGCGACUCCCUCCUGGUAGUUAUCAAAACCCUCUUUGAGAAGAGCAAGGUGGACAGAAACAUCUGCCAGACCCUCCAGAGCCUCAAUGUGGACAACACAGAGCUGCAGCAGUGGGAGGAGGCUCUGCUUAGUUUGGGUACAGAGGAGGAGCUGCCAGCUCAGGAGGCUGGCGAGAGGCUAGGCACCGAGGUAACAUCCUAUGUGGAGCAGAUGCUCCUCAGGGAGGAUGCUGGGAAGAGCAUGGACUUCCUGCACUGCAGUGCAUCACCCUGCAAUGAGGGAAACGGUGCUGCAGCACGUUUCCAGCACUGCUGGGCAACUAAUUCAGCGUUUCAAGCCCCACCACAGCCCCAGGCACCUGGUGCACAAGGCCAAGAUGCUGUGGUCUCUCUAGUCUCCAUUACAUCUGAGGUCAGCUUUGCUCAACCAGAACAGCAGGUCCCAUUUAACCUAGCCAGGCUGGGAAAGACUGCUCUGGAUGUCCCAGUCUCCAGCAGCAAGUCCUCUGUAGCACUUCAGCUGGCAAACCCGGGACAAGUGCUUCAAACAGAAGUUACCACCUCUGCUCCUGUAGGUAACUAUAUUCCUAAUGAUCAGAGCCAGCUGGGGUGCAAGCCGGUGGCCUCAAGCUGCCCGCCUCCGUCGCACUCAAACACACUAGUGACUCAGUGGCACAAUGUCCCAGUCCAGGCAAACCCAGCCAAUUCUUUGGGUCAGAGCACUUCUCCUGGAUGUUGCCCAUUGGAAGCUUGGAUGGCCAUAGCUCCAAAACAGCUGGAAGCGGCAGGAACACACCUGGAGUCACAAACUGUGCUGGCUGGCAGCCUCGAGAACUCCCUGAGGGCUGGGCUGUGGUUGCUGCCCUCCCAACCUGCUCCUUGCCCUGCACAGGGCUUGCUUGAGGCCUUGUUCUCUGGGGCUGGGGACUUCCAUGAUAAGGAGUGUGCUCUCCCUGCACAAGUAUCAGCACCCUUAGGAGUCAGCCAGCUGCCAGGGGAUGGUGGCUUCCCCAAACAGCCCCUGAUACCCCACCUAGAGCCCAGCUUUUCCUGGGAAGGGAAGCAAGCAGUGCUCCAAGAUGACAAGUGGUUCAUGCAGCACCAGCCAUGGCUUGUGCAGGCUGGGGAAGCUCCUUGGAGAUGUGGUGGGGCAGGUGCAGUGCAACAUGGUGGACUCCUGCUGGGGUCCAGCACAGGUCCCAGCACCCACCGGAUGGACCAUGUUAUGCUGCCUGAGUGCCAGAAUGGAAACAGCCUUUUUAGAAAUGAGAGUGACUUUCUUAGGGAUGCCUCUAAAAUAUCCCUUCACCAGCAGCUGGGUGCUUUGCCUUGCCCCAGCGAGAGCCAAUCUGGAGCAUCACAUUCAUCACCAGGCUCGGUUUUGGAGUGCUCAGCACCUCUCCCUGUGAAGGUGGAUGCAGGAGCACUGCCCUCCUCUGAGCAGGGCCCUGGCUUCCCAUCAGCAUCCUUCGUGGGUGGGCAGCCACACUGCACCUGCAAGGUCCAGCUCAAGGUGAAGUGCGAGGGCUGCAGGACCUGA